AUGCAGAGAGUCGUGGAAAAACUUAUAAGUACCGAUAUUAUUCACCGAGAAACAAAAAGGUAACGAGUUUUGAGCUUUUACAGCUGAGUUAACUCACCAAACAAAACCCUAAAAAUCGAGAAAUCACCAUGAACAACCCCUCUCAAUCUGAAAACCCUGACCCAUAUUCUACACAAUUGCAACAACACCAAUUUCCCCAAUCCCAAAACCCCAUUUCCUCUGAUCAUGAAAACAAUCCCCAAACCCCAGAGGUUCCGAUUCUUCAAAGCCCACAAAAGUCCGACCCGACCCAAUUAGAUGAAGGCCAAGAAGAACGAGAAGAAGAAGAAGAAUGUUCAGGUAUGGUAUAUAAAAGCAAUACUAAGUUGGCUAAUCGCAGGAAUCUUAAUAGACGUAAGAAAGCUUUUGUGUACCAGAAGCAAAAAGCAAUUGAUAAGAAAGUUCAUAACUUGCUUCAAUUAGGAACCCUAGUUCCCUUUGUGCCACCCGAAAGAUUUGAUUUUGAUAAGCAUGCAGCGUUGUUGAAGCGUCUUGGGUUGUGGGAUUUUGUUCAUAUUGAGUUUGAUGAAGUAAUUAGAGAUGAUCUUGUUGGUCAGUUUAUUGUUUCUUAUGAUAGUGCCAAGAAAUGCUGUUUUGUGAAUGGGAUUAGGGUUGAUGUGAAUAGGACUAAGUUUGCUAGGGUUUUGAAGUUGCCGUCUCCGAUCAAGAAGGAUAAGGUUGUUGGUAGUGUGGCGGAGGCGGUUAUUGAUUUGGAGGUUUCCGAGGAAUGUGUUGAGUUUGUGGAGAAUUUUGUGUGGAGUUGGCUGGUUUUGCGUGGGGGUGAGUGGAUUAUGCCUAACGAGGUUAAUGUUUCAUUGGGGUUGAUUAGGGAUGGGCAUCUGGAGAAGAUAGAUUGGGCUACUUUGAUUUGGGUUAUGGUGGAGAAUGAGUUAAAACAGAAGGAUCAGUUGCCGGUUUGUUAUUAUGCUUCCCAUAUGCAGUAUUUUAUCAAGUCUCAGAGGAAGGAUUUUUUUGAUGAGGAGAGUGAAGAUUUUGUUAUUAAUGAGACAAUGAAGGAAGAAGAGAAAGCAUUAAACGAAGAGGAGAUACAUAAGGUUAAGGUGGAGGACAUUAAGAAAGAUGAGGAUUUGUUAGAAGAGGUCGUGAAGGUGAAUGAUGAGGUUGUGGACGACAAGGACCUGUUGAAGGCAAGGUCCCAGGAGGUGAAUGAGAAAGAAGUUAAGAAAGGAUUGCAUGAGGUGGAGGUGGAGGUUGCGGAAUUGCAGGAAGGUCCUCCAGAGGAGGCGGUUGAUGCAGGAGUGAAGAAAGAUUUGGUUGGUAGUUUUCAUGACUUGAGCAUGGACCGAGACAAAUUUGUUACAAUAGAACCCAAUAUAGGAUUGACUUCGGGAUGGCAGGAUAUAGCCCAAAAAGAAGAGAUCAAGGAUAAUAUGAUGAUGACUGGUGAAGCGGGCCUGGAGAUGAAGAAUGAUGGCAAACAUUCCUUGCAGCCUUGUACUUUCAGAGAAGGUAGUGGUUAUAAUGGUAACAAGGAGAUAAAACAGGAAGUUCGGCUGCUAGAGACAGAAGAAGAGGAGCACAUGGAAGAGGGGGAGGGCAUGCAGGAAUGGGAGAACAGGGAAGAGGGGGAGCAUAUGGAAUCAGAUGACGUGGAUGAGUUGGAAGGGGACGAAAUCGGGGAACAGCUUGAGGAUGAGGAUGAGGAUGAGGAUGAUGAGGAUGAGUAUGAGUACGAGGAUGAGGAUGUGGAUGAGGAAGAACCCGAGGAUGUCGUAGAAUGUGAUAUGGCACCAAAUCAUUGCUCAGUUGCAGGGACUGAUUUGACAGGUGAUCCACUCCAAGGAUUUGAAACAACCCAGUUACCUCUGAAUCUGCAGGGACAACAAUUUCAGAAAAACUCAUCGUUGGAUCUUUUUACUUCAAAUGCUGAAACACAAGUGAUGAUGGGUUGUCCUUCUAUGCUUGGUCAUGGUCACAAAAGAGUAUUUGAGUAUGAGCAGGGUACUUCACAUCUAGAUGGAAGUAAGAGGAUCAGGCAUGAUGUUGGUUGUGGUCAGAAUACCUCUGAUUUUAGCUUUUGCAUGGACCAAGUAAGACAAUACAUGGAAAAAGCCAAGAUUAUCUAUGAGGAGAAGAGUCAGGAUUGUAAUCAAGUAAAUGAGAAUCAACAGUAUUUGCUUCAUGAGCUGCAGCGAAGGGACAGUAUCAUUGAAAAUUUGCGAAGGAACAAAAAUGAGGAACUGCAGAAAAAGGAUAGAGAGAUAUAUCGGCUUGAGCGUGAGCUUGGUCUACUUGGAGAACUUGUAACCGGUUACAGGGAGGCUUUGAAAGUAAAUCGAAAUAUGUUCUUUGAAUAUAGACAGCGAUGUAAGCUUCCUGAAGAGCCUAUUUACAAGGAUGCUGGUUCAGGGGGUCUUGUCUUGAGCACCACAGAUCUGGAGAAUCAACGCCAGCAGCAAGAGAAUGAAGAUAGGUUGAAGCGGUUGUUGAUUGAACAGAAGUAUAAUGAAGCACUAGAAGGCUAUGUUAACCAGUUUCAAGUACUUUUUAGGAAGGUUGAGAUGAUUUAUGUAAAUAGAUUGACCCCUGUUGUCAAUGAAGUGGAACUGCUUAAGAAUUUGUAUGCAGCAAGACGACGAGCUCCAGAAACUCCAGUUUGUGUGCCUCCUGAAACGACCUGCCAUCUGCAUAGCAAUUUGGAAAAUGAUAGUGUUUUUGGACAUCAAUCUUCAUAAUUUCAAAACAGGUGGUGAUGAAAAAAUGAAACUUGUCGUGGUUUUGGAUGGUAUGGACUUUUUUUGCAAUGUAUUCAUAUUAUAGUUUUUUCAUUAAGGUACCAGAUUUCUAGUCCCAAAUGUUCUUAAUCCUCCUUAUAUGGUAAAUUUUGAUGCACUUAUUAUAAUUAUUGGUUAAGUUUGGGCA